AAGUGUGCAACUCCGUAUGAGGACCUCAUUCCCUUAUGCCCACUCUCUGUUCACAUGGAUCUCAAAGCAGAGGAGGAAAGGUGGGCAGCAGGUACCACAAGCCCUCUGUCCCACACAUCUAUCCAGAAGCGAGUGUAGUUCACCAGUUCCACCGAAUGCUCCUAUCUAUCGGCAAAGAUCGUGCGAGUGUGCAGUUAUGAUUCGGAUGCUUCGCCAUAGAAUAGAUCGACCCAGUUCAUGUUCUUUUCCGGUGCACUCGCUUUAUAUCUCUAACACACAAGGAAGGACGCGGUGGGAAGGAAACAGCCCUAGCCUCUGUACGGCCGAUCAUUCCGCUGGCAUCUUGCAUUCACGCCUCCGUUUGACUGCCGCUCGGGGAUGGAGUUGUAGAUACGUUAGUCUUAGCGGAUCAUUGGCUCCACCUGUUAUCUCCUUCUAUGACAUGUUGUCGUCGCCAUAUUCUAUAUGUAACUUAGUCAUCUCUGCCUCGCUGCGGGUCAGCACCUCCGAAAGAAACGGAGAACUCCAUAUUCUAUAUAAAUAA